UCCGCACGCUGCUGCCAGGACCCGUGCCCGCCCCGCCUCCAGCUCUCGUCUCUGUCGAGGUGGAGGCGGCCGGUGACCUGCUGCCGGCUGCCGCCCAGGAGGCUGUGGGCCGCGGCGGUCUUCGAGAUUUGAGCGGAGGAUGCAAGAGCGUCCCGCGGAGGCCGGACGGGCGUAAGGGUGGCAGAGAGCGGCGCCGGGGGCGCUCCGGCGGGGCCCAGACCGCGGGACGCUCGGGCGCGCCGGCCUGUGGCGGGCUCCAGAGGCCGCCGUUGCCGGGACCGCCGGCCCCAGCCCGAGCCGGUAGAGGGCUCUGCCGGGGCCUGGCGCUCGGGUUGCCGCAGCGUGCGUGGAGCUGUGUUGGAGCCUCCUUCCCUGGAGGAGCGAGGCCCCUGCGGCGCCGGGCCGUUUCUCUGAGGGCGUUGGAAGCGCGCCGCGAUGAGGAGCCGGAGUAACUCCGGCGUCCGGCUGGACGGCUACGCUAGGCUGGUGCAGCAGACCAUCCUGUGCCAUCAGAAUCCUGUGACUGGCUUGCUUCCAGCCAGCUAUGAUCAGAAAGAUGCCUGGGUCCGGGACAAUGUGUACAGCAUCUUGGCUGUGUGGGGUUUGGGCCUGGCCUAUCGGAAGAACGCAGACCGAGAUGAGGAUAAGGCAAAGGCCUAUGAACUGGAGCAGAGUGUAGUGAAGCUGAUGAGGGGACUGCUGCACUGCAUGAUAAGACAGGUGGAUAAGGUAGAAUCUUUCAAGUAUAGUCAGAGUACCAAGGAUAGCCUCCAUGCCAAGUAUAACACCAGAACCUGUGCCACUGUAGUGGGUGAUGAUCAGUGGGGACACCUGCAGUUGGAUGCUACCUCUGUGUACCUGCUCUUCCUAGCACAAAUGACUGCCUCAGGACUUCAUAUCAUCCACAGCCUAGAUGAAGUCAAUUUCAUACAGAACCUUGUAUUUUACAUUGAAUCUGCAUAUAAAACUGCUGACUUUGGGAUAUGGGAACGUGGAGACAAGACCAACCAAGGGAUCUCAGAAUUGAAUGCCAGUUCAGUUGGAAUGGCAAAGGCAGCCCUGGAAGCAUUAGAUGAACUGGACCUGUUUGGUGUGAAAGGUGGGCCCCAAUCAGUUAUCCAUGUCCUAGCUGAUGAAGUACAACACUGCCAGUCUAUCCUUAAUUCAAUACUCCCCCGGGCUUCAACAUCCAAAGAGGUUGAUGCUAGUCUACUUUCAGUUGUUUCCUUCCCAGCCUUUGCAGUAGAGGAUAACCAGUUGGUGGAGCUCACAAAACAGGAAAUCAUCACCAAGCUUCAGGGUCGUUAUGGUUGCUGUCGCUUUCUACGAGAUGGAUAUAAAACUCCUAAAGAGGAUCCCAAUCGUCUGUACUAUGAACCAGCUGAGCUGAAGUUAUUUGAAAACAUUGAGUGUGAGUGGCCAUUGUUCUGGACGUACUUUAUCCUUGAUGGAGUCUUCAGUGGCAAUGUAGAACAGGUUCAAGAAUACAGAGAGGCUCUUGAAGCAGUCCUCAUCAAGGGCAAAAAUGGAGUCCCACUUCUGCCAGAGCUGUAUAGUGUUCCUCCUGACAAGGUUGAUGAAGAAUAUCAGAAUCCUCACACUGUGGACCGAAUCCCCAUGGGCAAGUUGCCUCAUAUGUGGGGUCAGUCUCUAUACAUCUUAGGAAGCUUGAUGGCAGAGGGAUUUUUAGCUCCUGGAGAAAUUGAUCCCCUGAAUCGUAGGUUUUCUACUGUACCAAAGCCAGAUGUUGUGGUUCAAGUUUCCAUUCUAGCUGAGACAGAAGAAAUCAAGGCCAUUUUGAAGAACAAGGGAAUUGACGUGGAGACCAUUGCUGAGGUGUAUCCCAUCAGAGUACAACCAGCUCGUAUUCUCAGCCAUAUUUAUUCCAGCCUAGGAUGCAACAGUAGAAUGAAACUCAGUGGACGACCCUACAGACACAUGGGAGUCCUUGGAACUUCAAAACUCUAUGACAUUCGGAAAACUAUCUUUACCUUCACUCCACAGUUUAUAGACCAGCAACAGUUCUACUUGGCUCUGGACAACAAGAUGAUAGUGGAAAUGCUUAGAACAGACCUCUCCUACCUCUGUAGCCGCUGGAGGAUGACAGGCCAGCCCACUAUCACCUUCCCCAUCUCACACACCAUGCUUGAUGAAGAUGGAACCAGCUUGAAUUCAAGUAUCCUGGCAGCACUCCGAAAAAUGCAGGAUGGUUAUUUUGGUGGGGCAAGGGUUCAAACAGGUAAAUUGUCACAGUUUUUGACAACAUCUUGCCGCACACAUUUGAGCUUCAUGGACCCCGGACCUGAGGGUAAGCUGUACAGUGAAGAUUACGAUGACAACUAUAAUGAGCUGGAAUCUGGCGACUGGAUGGAUGACUAUGGUUCAAGCAGUAAUGCUCGCUGUGGUGAUGAAGUUGCUCGUUAUUUAGAUCACCUUUUGGCGCACACUCCUCCCCAUCCUAAACUAGCCCCUACCUCACAGAAGGGAGGGCUAAAUCGGUUCCAAGCUGCUGUGCAAACAACCCGCGACUUAAUGUCCUUGGUGACCAAGGCCAAGGAGCUGCAUGUACAGAAUGUUCACAUGUAUCUUCCUACAAAGAUAUUUCAGGCUUCCCGGCCUUCAUUCAACUUACUUGACUCACUUCAUCAUCCACGAGAGGACCAGGUUCCCUCUGUUCGUGUAGAAAUACAUCUUCCUAGAGACCGGUCCGGGGAGGUGGAUUUCAAAGCAUUGGUUUCACAGUUGAGGGAGACCUCCAGCUUACAGGAGCAAGCUGAUAUCCUCUACAUGCUGUAUACUAUGAAAGGACCUGACUGGGACACUGGAUUGUAUGAUGAAGGGAGUGCAACAGUCAGAGAGCUGCUCACUGAACUAUAUGGCAAAGUUGGAGAAAUUCGUCACUGGGGCCUGAUUCGAUACAUCUCUGGAAUCUUAAGGAAGAAGGUGGAAGCACUCGAUGAGGCCUGCACAGACCUUCUCUCCCACCAGAAACAUUUGACAGUAGGGCUCCCUCCAGAACCUCGAGAGAAGACCAUCUCUGCACCUCUGCCCUAUGAAGUACUUACUCGGCUGAUAGAUGAAGCCAGUGAGGGGGACAUGAACAUUUCAAUCCUUACACAGGAAAUAAUGGUAUAUCUAGCCAUGUAUAUGCGAACUCAACCUGGCCUCUUUGCUGAAAUGUUUCGACUUCGAAUUGGACUGAUCAUACAAGUUAUGGCAACAGAACUGGCCCACUCCCUUCGAUGUUCAGCUGAGGAAGCCACGGAUGGCCUGAUGAAUCUCAGUCCUUCAGCCAUGAAGAACCUCCUGCAUCACAUUCUCAGUGGCAAGGAGUUUGGAGUGGAACGAAGUGUUCGUCCCACUGAUUCAAAUGUCAGCCCUGCUAUUUCUAUCCAUGAGAUUGGUGCUGUUGGAGCAACCAAAACGGAACGAACUGGGAUCAUGCAGUUGAAAAGUGAGAUAAAGCAGGUGGAAUUUCGUAGACUGUCUAUCUCAACUGAGAGUCAGUCACCUGGAACUUCUUUGACUCCAAAGAAUGGGUCCCUUACUAGUACAUAUGGUCAACAUCCAUCUAAAGAUAGUCGUCAGGGUCAAUGGCAACGCCGAAGAAGGCUGGAUGGAGCACUGAACAGAGUCCCAGUUGGGUUUUAUCAAAAAGUAUGGAAAGUUUUGCAGAAGUGUCAUGGACUUUCUGUGGAAGGUUUUGUGCUUCCUUCUUCCACUACUAGAGAGAUGACUCCAGGCGAGAUUAAAUUCUCUGUUCAUGUGGAGUCGGUUCUGAAUCGUGUACCUCAGCCAGAGUACCGCCAGCUUCUGGUUGAAGCCAUCCUUGUACUCACCAUGAUGGCAGAUAUUGAAAUUCAUAGUAUCGGAAGCAUCAUUGCUGUGGAAAAAAUAGUGCACAUUGCCAAUGACUUGUUCGUUCAAGAACAGAAAACCCUCGGUGCAGAUGAUAUCAUGUUGGCAAAGGAUCCUGCGUCUGGCAUCUGUACUCUCCUGUAUGACAGUGCACCCAGUGGCAGAUUUGGCACCAUGACCUACCUCUCCAAGGCAGCCGCCACCUACGUUCAGGAGUUCCUGCCCCACAGCAUCUGUGCCAUGCAAUGAGGCCUUUGGGCCCUGGCUGCUGGGAGCUUUUUGACAGCCUGUUCCUGCCUUGGUUGAUUGUGCAUGUAACUGAAAUGCAAUGACCUGAUCACUCCCACCCUGCCCCUUUCCAUCCCAUCUCUCUCAAGAAGAGCGAACUUUUCUGAUAAACUAACUGCUUUGGAAGAAAUGAACCCUUGCCUGGAGGCAUAUGCUCACCCAGGCACUUCAUCGUGGGCCUUAAUUCUCUCAUGGCUCAUAAAAGUUUGCAUGUGUUUUUAUUCUCUAGAUCUGUUACCAACUUAGUUUUCUAACUCCUGUUUGGGGAGCAGGUAUUAAUAAUAACUUAUUCCUAAAGUUUGGUUUUUCUGAUGUGUGGUUUCAUUGUGUGACUGAGUGGUGGGUGCUUUGGGACAUUAUUUUAAGUGAGUAAACCCUAAAUUGUUGGAUUUUAUGCUGCUAUAAAUUGGAAAUAUUUUAUUCUAAGUGCCUUUUCUUAGAAGAGAGUACUGGAUCCUGGUUCCCUUCUUUACUCACAUGUUGCCUCACACUGAGUGAUGAACUCCUUUCUGUGUAAAAUUAUUGUCUCUGCUUUUGCCUUCUCUGUAUCUGCACACGUAAUUCCUACUCUCCCUUUGGUGAAAUAUCGAAAAAUGCAAGUGCAGUGUGUAUAUUUAAGUAUUUAACACUUGAAAUCACAUUUUAUGAAGAUGGCUACUGCUCAGAGAUGUGUUUGUAGCAGAAAAUGCAGAAUAAUCCAGAGAAAUGGAGCCAGGAGCCCAAUUCCAGAGAAGGGGGAAGAAGAGAAGAUGCCUAGGUAGUGUCUUACAGCGAGGAAGCAGAGGGGGAGUCAGGUGGGUUAGCGCCCUGAAGAGCACUUUGCGCACCCACUCCUUGCCUCUGAAGAGCAGGCCAACACACAAUACAGGGAAUAAUUGAAGCCUCCGUCUUUGUCAGACAGGAACCCAGCAGUCUGCUCUAUAGCUACUUUACUGAGCACUCCUUCCUUGUGCUCACCUGGUCUCUGUCUCACUCACCUAUUCACUUUCUACAGCAUCCAACCACCCCCCGCCAGCUCCCUGCCCUCCCAUCUAUUCUUAAACUCUCUCACUUACAUUUUCACUUCCCGAUUCUAGUGUUCAUAUCUAUGUAUAUCUUGGUAUCUGUGGGCAUAUAUCUGUUUCUUGUAAACACCUGCAUUUGUGUGUGUAUCUAAGCAUACAUGGGAUUUUUCUGAAUGUAAGUACUUUGAUAUGUUUGUAUAUCUAGCUGUAUCUAUAUUUGACAGACUGAGUAGGUAAAUAUGAGUGUUGUGGGGUGGGGGGUGGCAGGGAGGUGAGUGUGGCACAAACAUUCAGUCCAUAGCACUUUUCUUCUCCUGAUUUGUGUGUAAAGACUCUAUUAAUUUCCCUGUUUGCACUUAGAUAACUUCCUACUUCAAUCACCUCCUUUCCCUCAAAUUUUUCUCCAAGAAUGGGGAUCGGGCUGGUGGACUCCCUAGACAACUCUUACAGGGCCAGUGACAGUCUUAUGAGGUCAUGUGAGUAAGUGAGCAUAGUAGAGUGAUAGGAAACAGACACUGGAAAUGAAGAGAGGAUGGUCAGCCUUUUCAAUAUCUCUCUUAGAGCAAAUGAAAACACACAGUAAGUAGCUUUCUGAUUUUCUGGUCACUUAUAAAGAUAAUUUACAACCUGUCCUGAAACUGUUUGUCUUUUCACUGGCUGCAAGUUUACCCCAACCACAGGGAGUGCCACAGGGGAAAGCCACCACUCCCUUCCAUGCAAAUUUGCAUAAAAUGACACUGAUGGCUGCAUUUCUCUGGGUUUACUAAGUUGUCAAUCACUAUGCUUCCCAUACAAUGCUAUUUCACUUUUAAAGCAACUUUUUAGAAAACUUAAUUCAUAUUUUGUUCAUUUUAAGCAUGUGAUACUAAAAGACAUGUUGGACUUUUUUUAAAAGCACUUAUGUUUUGAAAAUAGAAUAAAAAAUUAGAAUUUCCAAUUAAA